ACAGUGCCAAGCCAAAAACUAUUUUCCACUGUCUCACUUGAGCAGGCAGCUCAGUAGCGACGUGCCCGGAUCCCAGAGCUGACUGUCACCGGGAACAGGCGCGCAGAGGAAGCAGCUCACAUGUGCGCAUCGGGCAGCAGCCUGGCAGCUGCUUGGUUUUUACUUUUUCCUGGAUAUACAGUCCUGCUGAGGUUUUCUAUGGAAAGACACAUAAAACAGAAGGUGGACGCAGAGAAUUAAAGCCUCCCUGAACUCUUAGAGCGGAAAUCAUGGCUCGGAUCCUCCGACUGAUAGCGCAUGUUGUGUCUGCGCUCAGUCUGGGGCUGCUGCUGUCGGAAGGCGCGCUGCAGAUGGACACACCUGUACCUACCUGCGAAAAGGGUCUCUCUGACUGCAGUGUGCGCACAGGGCCGUUCAGCGGCGCUCUGCCUGAUCCGUGCGGCUCUCUGUAUAUAACACACGUUCAGCUCAACGUCACUCACUGCAGUUAUAUGAAUGACUGUAAACCCUGUCUGAUAAUUAAAAUCAGUCUCCAAGAUGUGGAUCUUGCAAAGAGUGUAUCUGAUGGGUCAGGUGACGACAGCGAUGAGGAAGCUCUUUUGAAAGUGUGCUACUCCUUCCCAACUUCCACUGGUUACUGCAGGGCAGUCACGUUUAAGAGAGACUACAUAAAUAUGGACCAGUCCUUCACAUAUCAGUUGCUGCUGACAGAAACAAUGGAUUUUGAAACUCCUAUUGUGGUUAUAGCUGAAUCAAAGGAAACGUAUGUCUACCAAAAUAUCACAAUUCCAGAUGCAAAAACAGUCUGUCCCUCUGACCUCUGGAGCCUCAUCAUAGAACGCACUGUUCCCAGACUCCAAGCUGACACUGAAAACAUCAGCAACGAGGUCCAUCUGCAUCUGCAAAAUAUUCCUGCCAACCAAGAGACUGUUACUUGGGAAAUGGCUUGGGAUGACAUAAGGGGACAGCCAGAAAGAUGGCCCAUAGGCAAGAGCAAAACUGUUAUUCCAUCAGAUCUCAUUGCACCAUGCCUGUGCUUCCUGGUAUGGCUGCAAGACAAAAAUAUCAGAGGGAUGUACUGUCCUUUUACAAACCAACCAGAUGCUCUGAAAAGAAUGCAGCACAACGUGUCCGUGAUAAUGGUGGAGUCUCAGUGGAGGAGCGGGAACACAGGGCUGAGUUGGAAUGUAACCUCUCCCUGCAAAGUGAAGGCAGAGGUGCGAUUGUGCAAGAAAGACAUGGCAGGGGGCCAGUGCGAAGAAGUGGCAGGUUCCAGGCAAAUGCUCGAGACUACUGGUUGGAUCACAGCCCACAAAGUACACUGGCAAGCAGGAGAGUUCCUUAACUCCUCCUCCCAUCCUCUGCUUUGUGUGCAGGUUAAAACUGAAGGGAUGGUCGUGUUCUCGGAGCCUCAGUGUCCAUUCGAAAUACAUCGGGUGAGGUGGACUCUGCCGAUUCUCGUUGGAUUCAUCCUCAUCUGUUUGACCAUACUUGGAGUCUACCUGAUAGGAGGCAUUCUGAAAGGAUAUGUUUGGAGGUGGUUGAAAGAUGACGAUGUCAGAGAUGCUGUGGGUGGAGUUCAUGUGGUGCUACUAUCUCCACCUGAUGACGAUGAGCGUGUGCUGGAGCUCCUGUGUUACCUGGGCUCAUCUCUCCAAACCCUGGGCUUCACUGUAUCGCUUGACCUUUGGAGCAAGGGUGACCUCUGUGCCCUUGGCCCCGUGCCGUGGCUCCACUCACAACUAGACAGUCUGAAACGGCAGGGCGGAAAGGUUGUUCUAGUCCUAACCCAGACCACGUGGACUAGAGCUAAAGAAUGGGAAGCAUGUAUCUCUGAGAAUAACAAAGAGAACAUUAAAGGAGUGGAGACAGACUGUGCACAAAGCAACCUUCCUCCUUCACGUCAUGUGGAUGUUUUUGGUGCCUCGCUGAGAUGUAUUCUGCAAGACUCUUCACAGGGCAAGGCUGGUGAGCGGUUCAUGCUGGUGCAGCUUGACUCGCUCUCUCCUGCACUGCCAGGUGGUUUUCCCACAGUUCCAGAUCUUUUUUGCGGACUCCAUGUCUACAGCCUUCCGACCCAGUGUCUGGGCUUUCUGACUGAGCUGGCAGGGUCUAAAAAAAUCACCUCUUCAUCAGCAAGAAGACGAAGGGCAGGGGUGCUCCAAAAGGCAUCAAGAACUCUUACUAAACGACUGUCGGGGUUCAUAGCAGGGAAAAAUGUCUUGAACCUUCCUGGGAUCAUUCAGGGUUCUGCUGGUGGGCAAGAGGAAGACUCUGUGGAAACACUACUCAUAGAAUCAAACUUAGGUACACCGCCAUCUAGUCCUGACACUGUGGUCAGUAUAAUAGAAUGGUGCUGACUACUGCGGCAGCUAAUAUAGGAAAUAUUAUGGGAAUCUCCAACUAACAUAUACCUCACUUGAUGCUCUAAGACAUCCUCUAACGACUAAUUUUCCAUACCCAAGUAGUCAUUCCUGGGAUGUUUAUCUUGAGGUUUCUCCAGGGGUUGUUUGACAAAGGGCAGUUAAGGGUAGCAUAAGUUAGGGUAGGGUCAAGCUACCCAAUGUAAGAAAAAUUUUGCAAAGGGGUUUUGCUGAUAACACCAGUUGGGAUAUAUUGUUCUUUUGAAAAAACAAAAAAAUACUCUUGUGCUUCCAUCACUCGUUAAACUUUAGGACAAUGUCCAUUGUGUCUGGUGUAAGUAUCUGCUCCCCUUGGACUUGAGACUGCUAGUUAUUGCAUUAGCAUGUAAAAUGCAAGCUUGUAACACUUAUGCAACAUUAAUUGCACUCCAAAUAGACCUUUGGGACGUCAAUGUUGCACCUCACUGUUCUUCAUUAAGGAUUUUCUUUGCAAUAUAUCGGGCAGACCUGGAGUAGGGAACCCCCCUAAAUAGCUUGCUGGCCUAAAAUAUGGCAACACAGAAACACACGAGACAAAACAACCAUGUAUGCACAUAACUAUGGUAAUUCCAGGUAAUCCCUUAACCUAACAUGCAUAAUUUGGACAAUAUGUAGAAGGUUUACUACUAGAGAGAAUACUUGGAUAAGAACAUAACUCUGCACUGAGGAACUGUUCGUUUAAGCUAAUUUGAAAUGAGUAAGCUAACAUGUCAGUUUCUGCACUAUAAGAGGACUAUGGACUAUUUUUGAAAAAAAUCAAACAAGCAUUUGGACAAAAUUAAACUCUGCUGUAAGAUAUGUUAAGAAAAAAACAUGUAAUCCAGCAGUUUUGGUGGACGGUAGUAAAAUCAACUUUAUAAACUUGUUUAGCAGCAAGAGUGGCUCUGUAUAGUAAACAGUUAAGCUUAAUCUGCUUUAAAAAACUUGAAACGGUACUGGAUAGUGAAACCAUCUAGUUACACAAAAUACAUGAAAUAACUGAACAUAUUUGUAACAGCUUCAAGAUGGUGUUUGAUGCUGAAGUUGCAGUAACAAAUAUGAAAUGUUCAAAAACCUCAAAUGGAUCAUCUAUGUGUACUAUACUCUUCAUUUGAUAUUUGUAUCAACAGUUCCCUGCGUCCAAUGUUUAUUUGAAUCUUUUUACUGGUCUAUGAUAUUCUUGCACUUCGGCUGGACAAUAAAAACCCUGGCAUUUGUGAAAGAUAAACUUUAAUCCAUGUUUUAUAUAUAUGACAGUCUGUAAAUUUAAAUGUCAUUUGUUCAGAUAUUCUGAGUUGGUUUUAUACUGUGAUAUGUCUUAUAUAAUUAAAUAUGGGGUUCAAUAAAGUAUAACGAUGCCUGUCUU